AUGGCAGUGGCAGCAACAUCACCGUCGCCCUCGGCGGCAGUCGACCCCUCCACGCGCAAACGUGUACUCAGGGUCAUCGCCAUCUCUCUGCUUCUCGACCUGAUCUCCUUCACCUUCAUCCUCCCGCUUUUCCCCAAACUACUCGAAUUCUACCGCGACCGCGAGGUCGGCCCUGAGAUCGCAAACGCAACCGGCCCCGCCACCCUGCUCCAGUCCGUCCUGUCCGGUCUGAACCGCUACAAGGCCGCUUUCGCCCGCCCCAUCGACUCCCGCUAUGAUAUCGUUCUUCUCGGCGGCGCCCUCGGCUCCCUCUUCAGUCUGCUCCAGGCCAUCGCCUCCCCGCUCAUCGGCCACCUCUCGGACCGUCACGGCCGCCGCACCGCUCUGCUGGCCUCCAUGUGCGGUAACAUCCUGUCUGUGCUCCUCUGGGUCGUCGCCGUUGACUUCCGCACCUUUGUCGCCUCUCGCGUCGUAGGCGGCCUGUCCGAGGGCAACGUCCAGCUCGCUACCGCCAUGGCGACAGACAUAUCAGACGAGCAGAGCAGAGGCUCCACCAUGGCCCUCAUCGGUGCCUGCUUCUCCAUCGCCUUCACAUUUGGUCCAGGUCUGGGCGCCUGGCUAAGCAGCAUCAGCACCGUCAAGGAGAACCCCUUCGCCACGGCCGCCGGCUUCAGCUUGUUCCUUAUCCUGACCGAGACCGUCUACCUCUACUUCUGCCUCCCCGAAACCCUCCCCUCAUUGACAGGCAAGGGCCGCGGCGCUAAGAAGGAUGACAAGAGCACGACGAAACCGAAACCGACACCCUUGGUCCGAACGAACUCGCACUUCCUUCUCAACGCCGUCCACUUCGUCUUCCUGCUCUUCUUCUCCGGCAUGGAAUCAUCCCUCUCCUUCAUGACUUACGAGCUCUUCGCCUUCGGCUCCGCCAAGAACGGCCGCCUCCUCGGUUUCGUUGGUCUCGUCGCCUCUAUUCUUCAGGGCGGUGUCACCCGCCGUCUCCCGCCUUUGCUCUCCGUGCGCACUGGCGUCGUGGCCUGUCUGGCGUCUUUCGUCCUCUUGGGCCGCAUCACCACCACCGGCGGGCUGUAUGCCGCGGCGACAUGUCUGGCCGUCACGUCCGCAACCGUCGUCUCGGGUUUGAACACGCUGAGCAGCUUCGAGGCUGCCGAGGACGAGCGCGGCGGCAAGCUUGGUAUCCUCCGCAGCUGGGGCCAGCUUGGCCGUGGGUUGGGGCCGAUUCUCUUUACCAGCGUGUACUGGUGGGCUGGCCGCGAAGUUGCGUACACUAUGGGUGCCACGGGUAUGGCUGUAGUGGCUGCCGCGGUGUUUGCCGGCCUCAAGACGCCGCCUGGGUCAUUGAAGAAGAAGGUGCCUGCCGAGAAGAAGGCGGCGUGA